AUGGUCUCUCCUGCCGAUCUGCUGCAGCAGGAAGUCGACUGUCUGCGCCGCGCUUAUUCUCCCUUUGCUGAAUUUGUAGCACUUAUUCCCGCCGAAGACCCAGCAAGACCUGUUGCUGCUGCUGCUGCUGCUGUUGUUGCUGCUGCUGCGCCGCUCGACGCGGAGAAACCCAUCCCCUGCUCAACUCAGCAGCUUAAGCGGCAGCAGUGGCCGCAAGAACAGCAGCAACAGCAGCAGCAGCAACUGAAGCAGCAGGAUCCCCAGCUAGACCAGCUUCAUCAGCAGCAACAGCCACAACGACAGCUGGAGCAGCAGCAGCAACCGCAGCAGCAGCAGCAGCAGCAACAGCAGCAGCAGUUUCUGUGCGCGUUAAGCCACCCCUCGGGCACUUUGCUGCUGACCAUCGGCCUACAGAUCGACGGCCUCCAACUGCUGCAGCUCGAUUGCCUACCAGGCCAGACUCCCCAAGUUGCCGUGAAGUCACUGCAGCAGAAGCAACAGCAGCAGCAGCAGCAACAGCAGCAGCGGAAGCAGCAAGAAAAGCCGCUAAGUCAGGCCCAGCAGCAGCAGCUCGCCGCCUGGGGUGUACGUACACCUCAACAUUUUGCUGCAGUCUUCGAGUCAUUUGAAAGUUUGCUGCAGGCAGUUUGCCCUCAGCUCUUUCAGCGCAUGCAACAGGAGCUGCUGGUGCGGCAGCUGCAGCAGCAGCAACAGCAGCCUAGGGAGUAG